UGAACAAAUAUCGUAGCAAAAACGAUUAUACUAACGAACAGCUUAAAUAAUAGGAAAUAUUAUUACUUUUUAAUUCGAUAUUUGUUAAUAUUAAGGGUAACCAUGACAACAGAUUCCGUCUUGUCGAGUCUUGUGAUGAUGGAAGGACGCCAUCUUUGUUCAGGAAUCACAAUACUACACAUCCUAUUCUUCCCAGAUAUAUAUUAAAAAUAUAUAGCUUUAAAAUAAUAAUAAUGCUGAUAUCGUGGGAUAUGUUUCGACUUGUUAAUGUUUUAGUGUAAAAAUUGUAUAUCUGCGUCAACAAACAAACAAAUAAUAAACAUCUAUAAUUACACACAAUAACCAGUCGAUCGAAAUACACGAUUAUGUUUUUUUUUACACGACCACAAAUACUAAAUUAAGCUAAACUCCAAUUUAUUAUAUAUUAUUUUUUUCUUUCUCACGAUGCUUUAGGUAUUUUACUCAGGCAUUCUGAAGACCAGCCUCGUGCGUCACUUCCGGGGUCCUACCCGCGCGCAGCCUGACUGAGGCGCUAAAACUGUAACGCUGGUGGUGUGAGUUAGCCGGAUGCUAAUGGUGUUCAAAAUAUAGUUAAUUUAUCAAGUAUACAGAUUUAUUGUUGUUGUUUUUUUACUUUUUGUAAAUGGAGGAAUUAGAUGUGGAGCCCACAACCACGCCGAUCCCAGGAGCAGGCAUUAAACAGAAGCAUCUGGGUUUUGAAUGGGGUCCAGGAGACCUGCUGGUGUACGAGACCAACUUAAAAUUACAAGGUCCUGGUUCUGGAUGCUCCGGUUGCCCGUUCGUCCAUGUGGUGCGCAGAGACGAGGACAUCUACUCGCCCAUCCUGCGCAAACUCUUCAACGAGUCUCAUCACAUCUUCGUCGGGCUGCAGAACAUCAGAGACGACCUGCCGAGCAAGAACAAGAAACCUCAGUUUGUGAGCAUCAGUAAGAACUACAGGUCUGUAAUACGAGCCUGCAUGGAGGAACUGCAGCAGGUCGCAGUAUCGACAAAAGACACACAGUACAGCAACCAGGUGUCCAUUCUCUUAGCGAUUGAACUGAUCUGGAAUCUGUGUGAGGUUCUUUUCAUCGACGCAGCACCAGCCGGCUCUCUGCUGCUGUACCUGCUGGACUGGGUGCGUUUACACAAAGCUGAUGUAGAUGAAAAAGCACGCGAGGUCCUGCAGAGUGAAAGUCCCACAUAUCAUCACGCUUACUGGGACGUGGUGAUGAGUUUUGUCCUGCAGGGUCGUAUGGACGAGGCACGACAGGUUUUACAGAAACAGGCGUCUCUACAGCCGGCGUCCAGAGCAGUGUAUCAGCUCAUGGACAACCUGCUGCACAAAAUGCCUGUGUUUAACCCUGGUAGCACGCAGACCCUCACAGAGUUUGAUGUGAAAUGGAGGCACUGGCACGAGGAGUGUGACCGCUGUCUCCAGGACAACUCUUUCGCUAGCAACCGUCACCUGGAGACCAUCUGCAAGGUCCUGGUUGGUGAUGAAGACACUCUGCUGGAGCAGAAAGAGCUGCUGGGAACCUGGUACCAUUUACUGAUCAGCCGUCUGCUGUUCUCACAUCCUACUGUUAAACCUGCUGAGCUGCACUACUACGCUCAGUCAAGUAUGGACAUGUUCCUGGAGUCGCACAGCGCUCCAGAGCCUCUGGACAGCAUCUUACUGGCUGCAUUUGAGUUCGAUCUUCACCAAGUUAUUAAAGACUGCAGCAUUGCCCUGAAUAACUGGUGGUUUGUGGCUCACCUGACUGACCUGCUGGAUCACUGCAAACUCCUGCAGUCACACAACCUCCAUUUUGGCUCUAACCUGCGGGAGUUCCUGGUGCUGGAGUACGCCUCUGGACUCUUCUCUCAUCACAGUCUCUGGCAGCUGGCAGUGGAUUAUUUUGAUCACUGCCCCGAGUUCGGCCGUGUGUAUUUGGAGCUGCAGAUUGAGAGAGUGCCACUGGAGACGGAGCGCAAAGCACUGAAGGUGCUCAGGAUCUGUGAACAGCGACAGAUGAAUGAGCAAGUACGCAGUAUCUGUAAGAUCAUGGCUAAAAGGGCUCUCACUAAUAACAGACUGGGUUCAGCGUUGUCCUGGAGUAUCAGAGCUAAAGAUGCAGCCUUUGCCACGCUCAUAUCUGAGAGGUUUCUGCAGGAUUACUGCACACGAGGCUCGUUCUCUGAUCUGGAUCUGAUCGAUAACCUUGGACCUGCCAUGCUCCUCAGCGACAGACUCACAUUUCUUGGGAAGUACUGCGAGUUCCACCGGCUCUACGGAGAGAAGAAGUUCCAUGAGGCAGCAAAGCUCCUGCUCUCCCUCAUGACGGCCAAGAUCGCUCCUCGCAGCUUCUGGAUGACUCUGCUUAUAGACGCCCUGCCCUUACUGGAGCAAAAAGAGGGGAUCUUUUCAGUAGAUCAGACGUAUGAACUCAUGUUCUGUCUGGAAGAGCUGACUUCUGACAAAAGCAAGCUAGAACCCGAGCAGCUAGCGCAGGAUGAUGAUGAUGUCGAGUCCACAAAGCUGGAGCUGCUGCGAUUGGCUCUGGCGCGUAACCUGGCAACGGCCAUUGUGAAGGAGGGAACAUUCGAGACCUAAACACACACAUUCACACUCUAGAUAUAAUCAUUCAUAAAGGACUUACAUGCUCACUGUACUGUAUAUAAAACAUGAAGUGUUUCGACAUGUAAUAAAAAAAGUAUUUGUUACUGGUUUUUCAAAUAAAUCUUUUUCUCUGAAUCUCUUACGCAUUACACCUGAAAUAGCAAGAAAUAAGAAUCUAUUGCCCAAAAUAAAGCUCAAAGUAUAUUUUAUUUUUAGACAAAUGAAUUUGAGCAUAAAAAUCAUGUUAAAUACAUAAAACAACAUGCAUAUAAAACUACAUAUAAAGCAAAAUCAUAUAAAACAGUGUAUGAAUAAAAUCACAAUAUAUUUUAAUGAUACAAUUAUUGUAAGCAUUAUAUUGUUAAUAUUAGAAAUCAUAAGUGGUUCUAUACUGGGUUUGAUCGGCUGAUGCCAAGAAAAUACGAAAUUAGGACAAUGUUUAACAAAUUUACAACACAAUCUUGCAAAUGGUACACUAAAUCAUUUAAUUCAAGCAUAUAC